UUGAUCGGUCUGUCGAACACAGCGUUUCACUUAAUUUUGAGCAGUUUCUAGCAUAGUGCUUACUACACCGUAUAGUGUAUCCGUAGUAUAAGCGUGCACAUGUGAAGUGAGUUUAUUUACAGUAAUUUAAAGAUGAUGUCAACAGGUGCGAUAAAUUACGCGAGAAAUUUCCUGUCUGUGCAACGCUUACAAUUUGCAUGUGUACCUGAAUGAUAUAUAUCCGUGAUGGGAGAUAGAAAGGAGAUAUCACUAAAGAGGUCAGGGUCACUUUUGAUAAUAUUCCUUUUAAAAUAUUGUUAUCAAACGAUUAUGUCGUCUCCUUACGUAACAAGAAAGCUUACAAAUCUGCAGUGUUACUACUGAUAAAUGCGAUGUUAUUACAACAAGCGAAGGAGUUUAAUGUGUAUCAGAAAUACGUAUUUGUAAACGACACUUUGUUGUUAUUUCCGAGAUAUCUACUGUGUGAAUAAUGUUGUCUUUAAGUCUCAAGACCCGAUUGAUGAUCUUGUCACGUAAACUUGGUCUCUGAUGUGGAUUGAGAUGUGGUUGAUGUUACAAUCUCUUCGAUAUAUUGGCUGUAACAUUUUUAUAGUGCAUUGAUACUUCCAAGAACAGUCAUGAUAUUUGAGAAGUUCUUUUUGAAAGCAACGGUAUGGUAAUGAGGAAGCGUACAGGANAUGUGCUAAAAAAAGCGGAAAUCAAUUUCGCAUAAUCAUCCAAGUUUAUAAAGCAAGAAAUUUAUUAUUAAGAUUUGCAAUACAAUCUAUACUGCCAGUUUUUAAUAACAAUUUGUUACCAAAUUUUUUUAGUAAUACAAAUUUUCUGGUUGGUUGGUCUUGCCCUAAUAACAAUGUCAGAGGCAGAGAAAAAUGUUGAUGCACUGCGCUCCGUUGUGGAAGGUGCAAAUCAAUUUAGUUCUUCAUUUUUCCAGACUAUGGUACAACGCAAGCUUGGCAACCUUAUAACGUCCCCUUUAAGUGCAAGUAUUGUUCUUGCUAUGACAGCUUUUGGAACUCGUGGAAACACAGAAGCUCAGUUUAGAAAUGUACUUCAUCUGCCAACUUCAGAGAGUCUCGCCACAUCUGGUUAUCAGUUACUUAUCGAUAAUCUCAACAACGUGAGAGACAAUAAAUUGGUUGUCGCAAAUAAAAUCUUCGUAGCGGCAGAUUUAAAUUUGAAACCAAGUUACAAAAAUUUAACUGAAGUUUAUUUCCGCUCUUCUCCUCAAUUAGUAAACUUUGCUCAAAGUCAGGAAGCUGCAAAUAUUAUUAAUAGUUGGGUCGAACAAAAUACAAAUAAUCUCAUUAAAGAGCUUAUAACCGCUGAAAUGCUAGAUGGCAUGACAAGGUUAGUACUUGUCAAUGCAAUAUAUUUUAAAGGCCAAUGGAAAGAUAAGUUCGACCCUGAGUUGACGAGCGAUAUGCCAUUUCAUACUAGCAAACUUGAAGUAAAAAGUGUUCCUACAUUGUAUAGGCGAGGUAAAUACACACUUGGAAGACUUUCAGAUUUAAAUGCUAGAUUCAUUGUAAUACCAUACAAGGGUGACGAAUUGAGUAUGAUCAUAAUUCUUCCAAAUGAAAUUGAUGAUUUGUCUGAUGUUGAGAAAAAAUUACAAAAUAUAAGUUUAACGAAUAUUCAAAGUCAAGGAUAUGAGGUAGAAGCGGCAUUAUGGUUACCAAAGUUCAAGAUGGAAAGUAUGCUCGAACUCAAUGAUGUCUUAAAAGAGAUGGGUUUGACUGAUGCGUUUACUACUGCUGAUUUUUCUGAGAUUGCUGAUGGUGAAAAUUUGUAUAUCAGUGAUGUUAUACAAAAGGCAUACAUUGAAGUGAAUGAAGAAGGAAGUGAAGCUGUUGCUGUUACUCGUCGCGUUGUAACGAAGAGGAAGGGUAUAACGGUAGAGAAUUUCAGGAUCAACCAACCAUUCUUUUAUUAUAUCAUAAAAACUAUGAAUGAUGAUAAGGAAAAUGAUAUUAACCUACCAAUAUUCUGUGGUUUUGUUAGAGAACCAAAAAUCUAAGAACAGUAGUGACAUAAUAGUAAUAUCAUAGUAAUGUGAUAAUUAAUUCGUGUGCUCCGUAACUAUAAGCAUUCUAAUAAUAUCUUGUCCCAAAAAUAUCAUCACUUAAAGUUAUAUAUACAUUUCAGGAAAUUGAAUAAAAAAAAGAAUAAAUUCUCCAUA